AAUUUGCUUGUCAACAUGACCAUGUUCUUUUGUUUGUGUGUUAGUAGUAUAGCAGUGACUGUUUUAUGUUAUCAAGAGGAAAACAUCAGAGGAUUGCGAGAAAAACAAUUUUCAGAAAACGAUAGAAAAAUAGAUGAAAUACUGUAUAUUUUGCAAGGUGAAUGCACGCAUAACUCGGAAAAAAGCUUGAAAGGGAUGCUAAUAGAUACCCAAGCUAUCAUAAACAAUAUCGGAGUUUAUAAUGAAGUUGUGAAAAAGAAAAAAGAACUGAGAAAUAAAAUCAAGCUGCUUGUUGAAGAAUCAAAAGGACAAAACUACAUAUCGAGAAUAGUAAAACUUUUAAAGAGAAAUGCAGGAAGCACUUGUGAGUCUCAAAGAGUUAUAGACUGCAGUGCUUUCAAAGGUCAACAUAAAAAAAGUGGAGUAUACACCAUAUUUCCACAAAAAUCAAAAUCCGACAAACUUGAGGUUUACUGUGAUAUGAAAACCGAUGGAGGAGGCUGGACGGUAAUUCAAAGAAGAAUUGAUGGAAAGAUUGACUUUGAAAGGAAUUGGAAAGAUUAUGAAGAUGGAUUUGGCGACGUUCGAAGGGAACAUUGGUUGGGCAACAGAUAUCUGAAUCAAAUAACCAUGAAUGGCAGGUAUGAACUGAGAAUUGAUUUUGUUGACGCAAAAAACAGUAAGACGUAUGCGAUGUUCAACAUGUUCUUUGUUGGGGAUGCUAAAUCGAAAUAUAGAUUAACUAUUAGUGGUGAAAGUGGAACCGCAGGACGUUUUAAUAACAUGAAUAACGGAAUGAAAUUCAGUACAAAAGAUCAAGAUAAUGAUAUGUGGAGUUCAAAUUGUGCUGCGUAUCAUGGAGCAUGGUGGUACUAUAAUUGUGGUUAUUCAGAAUUAAAUGCUAGCUUGAAAUCAAAACAAAAGUUGAGAUGGGGUAAUCGAAGCUAUAAUCAGUCGACCAUGAUGAUUAGAAAAAUCUAUUGAAUAACUUUCAAAAUAAAAACAUAUAGUACAAUU